AUCUUUACGACCGACCGCCAUGAGUUCUUGGAGAAACCACCGGGUGGUCAUUGCAUCGCUAUUCCUGCCGACGACGGCGGUUUUGGGGGAGUCGCCCCCUCCUACUCCAGACCAGGCUCCUAAGGAGCCGCCAGUGUCUGCUACCUCGGCAAGCUUCAAGCUGGGCGAUACACCGAGGUCGCCUUUGCCGCAGCGACCGGGGCCCUUGAAGAGUAUCGUAGAAGAUUUGAAGUCCAGGACUGCGACCCCCCUUGGAACACCCGGUAAUGAAGCCUUGAACCCCUUUUCGACUCUAUUCGGUCAGGCAUCCAAACCGACAACUAGGACGAGCUCGCCAAAUGCCAUUGCACCCAAGCUACCCCCGAGAUCGCCCCGGCGCACCCUCACCGACCACCACAUCCCGCACCGUGUCCAGCGCAAGCAUUCGCGAUCGUCCUCUGCCCGCCGCCCCGACCCCGAGUCUCGCAUUGCGCAGCAAUGGCAUGUCGAGUUCAACCCGCACUGCAACGGCGGCUUGAAGAACGCGGUGAACAGCGUCGACGAUAAGAUCAGGAAGCAGUUGUGGGUCGGGGUGUUGGGCACGAACACGGAUGGGUGGAAGGAGCCGCUCAAGAAAAAUGUGGAGAGGAGGAUGAAGGAGGAGGAGGACAGUGCAGUUGUCUGGAUUCCGGACGCCGAGUUUGCGGGCUGCUACGACGAGUUCUGUCAUCAGGUCCUCUGGCCGGCAUUGCACUACGCCGUCCCGGACGCUCCCAAGACCAAGUUCUUCUACGAAUCUGCCUCGUACAAGCAGUACGUUGCCGUGAACCAGCACUUCGCCGACGCCAUCGUCGCGAACUAUCAAGACGGCGACAUCAUCUGGGUGAACGAUUACCACCUGAUGCUCGUCCCGCGCAUGGUGCGCGAGAAGCUUCCCAACGCCAUUAUCGGGUUCUUCCUGCAUGUCGCCUUCCCGUCGUCCGAGCUCUUCCGCUGCCUCUCCGUGCGGGAACCGCUCCUCCGCGGAUUGCUCGCAGCCGAUUUGAUCGGGUUCCAGACCGCCAACUACGCUCGGCACUUCAGGCAGACGGUCAGUCGGAUCUUGGCCCUGGAGGCGCUGCCCAAGGGCGUACAGACGGAGGACCGGUUUGUGGAUGUGGGAGUGUUCCCGAUGGGGAUUGAUGUGAGGCUUCUGGCUGAGCGGAGGAAGGACCCUGAGGUUGCCGAGUGGGUGAACUCGCUGAAACAGCGUUAUGCGGGGAUGAAGAUGCUGGUAGGCCGUGAUAAGCUCGACGAAGUCCAGGGUGUCCGUCAUAAGAUCCUGGCCUUCGAGAUGUUCCUUGACAAGCAUCCCGAAUUCCGCGGGAAGGUCGUACUCAUUCAAGUAGCUCUGCAAACUACAGAGGAGAACGAGCUCCAGGGUGGCGUGGCUGACAUAGUUGCGCGCAUCAACUCACGCUACUCGACGCUGACGUACCAGCCCGUGGUCUUCCUGCACACCGAGGACUUGUCGUUCAGCCAGUACCUCGCGCUGUUGACUGUCGCGGACGCGUUCAUUGUGACCAGCUUGCGCGAGGGUAUGGCGCUCAGGACGCACGAGUUUGUUGAGUGCCAGGAGGAGACUAAGAGGCCGCUGAUUCUGAGCGAGUUCACGGGAUCGUACAGCUAUAGCGGAUUCAGGUCGUGUAUCGCGAUCAAUCCUUGGGAUAGUCGUGGCACUGCUGAGGCGAUCUACAAGGCGCUUACGAUGGAAAGUGACGAGGCCGCUUCACGCUGGGAUGAUCUCCAUCACCAUGUCGUUGCGCAGAACUCACAGGCCUUCGUCACUUCCUUCCUCACUCGGUGUCUGCGCACCAACAUCGAGCACCUCCGCGGGGACGCCCGGGAAGUCGCGCAAUUCGACAUCGGGCACAUCUUGCCGAGGUACCGGCACUCUGAGAAGCGGCUGUUGCUCCUCGACUUCGAAGAUACAAUCUGGAAGCGCGACCCAAAGGCGCCGACGUUCGACCCGCCAGAGGAGGUGUAUAGCCUCCUCAACAAGCUUGCAGAGGAUCCGAAGAACGAGGUGUGGGUGCUUAGUGGGCUUCCGGUGAAAGGUGCGCUGGAGGUGCUUGCGGAGAAGGUGCCGAAGGUUGGGAUUGUAGCGGAGAACGGUUGUUUCAUCAAGACUCGGCCUACGAGAGGCGGUGGUUCGCAAUGGAUCAAUAUGGUUGCAAAUUUCAACCUUUCAUGGAAGCCUCUGUGUAUGGAGCUACUGAACUACUUCACAGAGCGUACUCCUGGAUCCUUCGUUGAGGAACGUGAAGCAUCCGUAGUAUGGCGAUUCUGGUCGGGACCACCUGAUGAAUCGUCUGGCGAUCGUCAGUGGGCACGCCGACAGGCUGCGGAGGCGCAGAAUCACAUCUUCGAUAGUAUCGGCGAGCGAUACGGUUUGCGCAUCGUCCCCGGUGCCAACAGUUUCCUGGUUUUGCCCAACAACAUUUCGCGGUCCACAGCUGUAGGAGCGAUCCUGCAUCCCGGUGGACCUGCGCACUCUCCACUGGCCGGACGUGCGGCUUGGAUGGCCGCCGAUGCCGCUGAGUCGGGAGACAUUGGCGAUACCGACUUUGUCCUAGCUGUUGGCAGUGAUGAGAGGUUGCUGCGCAGGCUCAACGAGCUUGAUGAUUCGGAGACAUGUUCUACAGGAAAUAAGGGAACUGACGCGAAGUGGAGACUCGAACCGGAUGCCGUUGUUCCGACGUUGUCGCAGUUCGCAAACAAGUAGACUCGGAAUAAAACACGAGGAAGGAAAUGAUCUAAAGAUGAUGUAUACAUGUAGUCAUAAAGUUGGGCUUCGCAGCGCAUUCUUCAUUUGUAUUGUAUAACUAGAUCCGCAAUACAUACAUUCCCGGAUACACCGC